CAAACGGCAUGCCCUUGGAAAUGAACGUCUUCUCCCGGGGAAAGCGACCGGGGGCGGCGGCGGGACAGGUCCAGCGGAGGCCUCGGGCAUUGACUAGGGCUGUUGGGGAGUAAGACCGGGGUCCUUCGAGAAACUCGACUCAUGGAGGUGGCGGCCAGAAUGCUACUUAAUGACUGCGAGAAAGAGGACUUCUAUCCGGCCGGAAAUACCUUUGUCGCCGUCUUCUGUGCCUUCUUUCCCUCGGGUCAGGCAAAUGGGGAAUAGUGCUUGGAAAGCGCUCUGUUGAUUCACCCCGAGGAAUCCUCACCCUGCGUGCAGCGGACGUUCUGCAGAGGCCGCUGGCAGCGGCUGGGGCAAGCAGAGGAUGGUGGCGAGUGUAGGCAUCGCGUCUCCCGAGGGUGGACCUGCAUUCAGUGACAGCUCCUUGGCUAACUUCCAUUCCCCAAUAUAUAGUUCUUAGAAUUUUCACACAGUUAACUGUUGUCUGCUUCAGGUGAAUUGCGCAAACCUCUUAUGUAUUAUUUUGAUAGUUGAACUCUCAGAGGAAGCCUUAUGUCCUUUGUUUUUCGUGUUUUGGGGACAGAUGGUUUCAGUGUGCCAGCUUUUGGCAUAGUGGCUGCGCUGUGGUUGGGCUGUUAGCCGCAAGGUCAGCAGUUCGAACCACACGCCGCCCCAUGGGGGCAGGCGGGACUCUCUACUCCGUGAAAAAUUAGUCAUGGAAACUCACAAACAAGGGCGGUUUGAGCCUAUUGUAAAGGGUCACUAUGAGCUGGCAUUGACUCGUUGGCAGUGAAGCCCAGUGUCAAGAAAGGUGUGAAAAGCAGUGUGCGGACCUUUUCUGACUUUAUCAGCUGCCCAAUACCGAUUUCUGUGAGGUUGAGGUCAGACAUGCCUCCAGCCCUUCGACCUUCCUUACCACUUCUGACACUGAUCAUGCCCUCCAUAGCACCCUCUGCUGCUCAGCCGGGUUCGAUAAUUCAUUGCAAGGGCCAGACCACAGUCAAAAUUGUGGGCUUUAUUAAGGAAGUCAAUAGGUUACAAUUCAGGACCAGACAUUCUCGAUAGUUCUUCCUGCAGACAGGCGUCUCUCUGAUCCUUGGGCAGCGCCUCAGAGUUCUUUUAGUGCUGUCACCACGUGACCAAAGGACACACCACUCCACCAUAAGGCUCAGCCUGAAGGCCCUCAGCUCUUGUUCCUUUGGUUGCCACACCUGGCUUCCCAAUUCAAUACCUGGAGGCAGGUCAUUUCUAACGUGAUCGCUCUGCCUGAAGACACUGCUCUACUUGAUUUGAGGCUUCCAGACCCAUAGUUCUGGCUCAUGCUCACUCUAUUGGUUCUGUUGCUACCACUUCUCUGCCACUUCUGGUGUCACAACUUUCUGCCCCUGGAUGGACAUGCUUUAGUGUGCAGGCAUCUUGGAGUCUAAAGGACACUCCACUGUGGCUCUUCUUUCUUGAUGUCAGUAAGAUACCCCCCUUCCUGCUUAUGAGAUGGUUCAUUUUAUAUCCAGGUGGCUGGCAAAAUUGAACAUUAGAGUCCCCAAAUUUUAAAAUCACAAUUAACCUUGUUAACAGUCACUCGAAACGGAAUCAUAAUCCAUGAGCAUCUUCCUCCACCUUCUCUUACUCAGUCCCAACAGGAAAAAGUUGUUGGGUGGGAGUUAUACAGUGAUGGAUAGAAGAGCUGUAUGAAAUAAUUCACUCAACCACACCCAAGCACAGGGGCAUGGGUGGGACUUUGUUUUCCAGUGAUGUUAAGUUCAGCUGUAGGCAUGUUCAAUUUAAGAUGGCAUGGAAGAUCUGGCUGCAGGUGUUUAAAGGGAAGCUGAUUUUAGAAAGAAGAAAGAUGGAAAGUGGGGCAGUUCUGCUGGAAUCCAAGUCCUCCCCAUUUAACCUUUUGAAUGAAAUGCACCAGUUACGUCUCCUGGGCCACUUGUGUGAUGUGACAGUUAGCGUGGAGUACCAAGGUGUCCGCGAAGAAUUUAUGGCUCAUAAAGCAGUGCUGGCAGCCACCAGCAAGUUUUUUAAGGAAAGGUUUCUUAAUGAAAAUACCGUGGAUGGCACAAGGACUAAUGUCUACUUGAGUGAGGUACAAGUGGUUGACUUCGCUUCAUUUCUUGAGUUUGUCUAUACUGCAAAGGUACAAGUAGAAGAAGAUCGGGUGCAGCGAAUGUUGGAAAUGGCUGAAAAGCUAAAAUGCUUGGACCUAUCAGAAACUUGUUUCCAAUUAAAGAAACAGAUGUUAGAAUCUGUACUUUUGGAGUUGCAGAAUUUCUCAGAGUCCCAGGAAGAGGAAAUGAGCAGUGGCUCCCAAGUCAGUGUUCCUGCCUGUAGGGCAGAUGUAGCCGUGGAUGGUUCUCUUUCCAAUGGCUUUGUGGAUGGUUCAGAUUGCAGCGUAGAGAGAAUCAGCAACGGCAUGCUGCCAGACUUGCCAACAAAGAAAUUCAAGGAGAAACUAGAUAAGAAAAAAGAUGUAGUUAAACCCCCCUACCCCAAAAUCAGAAGAGCCAGUGGAAGACUGGCGGGAAGAAAAGUAUUUGUGGAAAUCCCUAAAAAGAAAUAUACACGACGGUUCCUAGAGGAGCAAAGUAGUGCCCAGGAUGAUGUGGGGGACUACAAAUGUGCCCACGACCAAAGCCCAGACAAUGAGGGAGUAGAGAUGGGACCAGUUACAAUAGGUGUGAGUCCCAAAACAGAGAACUGUAAUUCGGGUGUUGAUUUGGAGGAAAUGAUGCCAAAAGCAGGGGAGGAGGAGGAGGAAGAGGAGGAGGAGGAGGAGGAUGACAAUGAAGGGGAUAAGAAGAGUAACUUUAAGUGUACCACCUGUGAAAAAGCAUUUUUAUAUGAGAAGAGCUUCCUGAAGCACAUCAAGCACCACCAUGGAGUCGCUGCGGAGGUGGUUUACCGCUGUGACACCUGCAGCCAGACCUUUGCCAACCGCUGCAACCUGAAGAGCCAUCAGCGCCACGUGCACAGCAGCGAGCGCCACUUCCCGUGUGAGCUCUGUGGGAAGAAGUUCAAACGGAAGAAGGACGUCAAGAGGCACGUCCUGCAGGUCCAUGAGGGUGGUAGGGAGCGGCACCUAUGCCAGCAGUGCGGCAAGGGCUUGAGCUCCAAGACGGCCCUGCGGGUCCAUGAACGCACCCACACUGGCGACAAGCCCUAUGGCUGCACUGAGUGCGAGGCCAAGUUCUCUCAGCUUUCUGCACUGAAGACCCACAUGAGAAUUCAUACAGGGGAAAAACCUUUUGUCUGUGAUGAAUGUGGUGCAAGAUUCACUCAGAACCACAUGCUGAUUUAUCAUAAAAGGUGUCACACAGGUGAAAGACCUUUUAUGUGUGAAACCUGUGGCAAGAGUUUUGCUUCUAAGGAGUAUUUAAAACAUCACAAUAGAAUCCAUACUGGAUCCAAACCCUUUAAAUGUGAAGUGUGUUUCAGGACCUUUGCCCAGCGGAACUCACUGUAUCAGCACAUUAAAGUUCACACAGGGGAACGUCCCUACUGUUGUGAUCAGUGUGGUAAGCAGUUCACCCAGCUCAACGCUCUCCAACGUCACCAUCGAAUUCACACCGGAGAGAAGCCAUUCAUGUGUAAUGCGUGUGGGCGGACUUUCACGGACAAGUCCACUCUCCGGCGGCACACCUCAAUACAUGAUAAGAAUACUCCAUGGAAGUCUUUCCUUAUUAUUGUAGAUGGCUCACCCAAGAAUGACGAUGGGCACAAGACUGAACAGCCUGAUGAAGAAUAUGGGUCAUCUAAAAUCUCAGAUAAAUUGCUGUCCUUUACAGAAAAUGGCCAUUUUCAUAACCUGACCCCAGUCCAAAGCAGUGUGUCUGUUGUGCAUGAGAACAGAUCAGCAGAUAUGGCCAGCAAGCCAGAUGAUUCCGCGGUGUCUCAGGACUCUUUGCUUGGCACCACCACCAAUGAGCUCGGUGAACUGACGCCACAGACUACUGCGAUGCCCCCCCAGCUUCACCCUCUGACCAACAUGGAGUAAGAGCUUGAAGUUACAUGUCAGGCAGGUCUCAUACAUCUUUGAGUGUGGCAACUACACUCAAGGUGAUGUCAGGGUGAGCUUAGAAAGAAGAGUCCACAAGCAGAGAAUGAUGUGUGUAAGAAUGAUGCCGAUUUUUCCGUUAACUUUGUCAAAACAUCCUUAAAAUUUUCCCUUAAAUCCUGAUCUAAUGGACUGUGAUACGAGUGGUAUAAGCCCCAAUAAAAUGGUUUAAAAAAAAAAGCCUGAUCUAUAUGAUCUCUGCUACACGUUAUCAACAAAAAAGGCAGUUAACAUAACUUCAUCUGAUUCUACAAUAGGCUGUAUGCAUUGAUCAUUUUAAUGUUUGCCUAUCUUAAUAUUGUUGAAGUUUGGAUAUUAUAGCAAGCAUUAUACAACUCAUGAAAUUGCUACUAACAGUCUCCCAAGUCUCAAACUCAUAAACUUCAGUAAGGGUUUCUGAUACUUCUAUACUCUUCCUACCAAGUCUGAGUCCAGGCUGAAAUCCAACUGGGGCUAUGGAUCCUCACGUGUUUCUUUCGUGUCAAAUAGAGGCAAAUCUGAUCUGCUCUGGAAGCCCUUAGCUGGAACUAAGGAAUUACUGUAUUCAUUCCCUUCCUGUUUGUAGACACGAGAAAAAGAAUGACAACUGAACAUACAACAGCUCAGUCUAACCUUUUAAUUCAUAUCACAUCUGUGCAAGGAAAUUUGUCAUAGUCGAGCUUUGUAAUGAGAUGUGGCUGUUCAGUUUCAUUCCCAAAAAUCUGAUUAGGUAAAAGCUAUCCUACCAAAGAGGCUAUGAACAAAACACUGUAACUUUUGUAGUUGUGGAAAAUUAGUGGAGAGGCUAAUUUAGGCUAAUUUAAAUGAUAUGUAGUCAUUUUAAUCACAAUUGAAAAAUGAGGUGAAAAUCUUAAGUGCAUGUAGUAGUAGUUUUGCUAGGUUUUUCCUGAAUUAGUUUCUGUAAUUUCCAGAGACCCAGACCUCAUUUGAUUGCAACAUGAAAGUAAUUACCAUGUAUUUAUGGAAGCAUGCAAGAAUACAGUAAAAGGGACCAAAAAAAAAAAAGCAAGCCUUGGCACAUUCAUCUUCCAUUAUACCUUAAGAGUGGUUGAUUGUGAAGAACCAGUGAUAUUUGUCUUAAAUGCUCCUUUGGCUAUUUCUUGCGGAACAUAUUGCUUAAAAUAAACUCACAAUGAAAAUAUAAUUCUGCUAUAUUUUCUACGCAUGGUUUUUGGUUCAGGUGACUUGGAUUUGGCCAUGUGCUUGUAUGUGCUUUAAUUCACAGGUAACUCAAAACAUUAAGAAAACCUUGAAGGAAUAGAUUUUGCUAAUUGUUUCUUCCCUCCUACAUUUUAAUAUAUUAAACUUGCUGUGAAAAUGA